GGAGACAAGUAGGGGCAAGUAGGAGCAGAAAGGAGAGAGAAGGAGGGAAGCAAAGGUAUCCAGAUAUCAUUCCGUAGAUAGAGAUCUGGAGUGAGCUGGGAACAGCUGCCAAGUUGCACAAAUGCCUGCAGAUUCCUGGAAGUGUUUCGUUAAGUCUCAGUAGUACUCAUACCGAACGAUACAACAAAAGAACCAGAUAAAGAAAACAAGGAACCAAGGAAAAGAGUUAAAAACUUAAUUUAGCUCUUUGAAUUAGAAAAAUAUGACCAGGAGAAAAUAGAAUGGGAUAACUGCCUUUCUCCUGAGACUUUUUCCCUCUCUGCCUGUGUUUGAAGGAGAAUUACUUCUGCGAACUUCAGCUGUCAGUAAUGGUGACUAGAAGGCUUCUGGGACACAUCCUGCUCUUCAUUUUUCUGACGCCUGUGACUGGGGCUCCAUCCAACGAUCCUGGUGUGGAGAGAAAGUCGACUCAGGACCAGUGUGUCCGCUGUUGCGAACCCCAUGAGAACCCCGUGCAUCCGUCAUCGAGCCCGCACCAGGGCAGUUAUAGCCCUCCCUACCCCAUGCCUCAAGUCUACCCUCAUAUCAACCUCACCAUCCUCAAAGGUGACAAAGGAGAGAGGGGUGAGCGAGGACCUCAUGGAAAGCUGGGCAAGGAAGGGCCAAUGGGUCUCCAAGGGCCCACAGGAGAAAAAGGUGACCGGGGGCAAGCAGGUAUCCCAGGAGAUUCCUACAAGCAGCACUACUCAGCCUUCUCAGUAGGCCGUAAGAAAGGCCUCCACAGCAGCGACUACUACCAGACCUUGGUCUUUGACACCACGUUUGUGAACCUCUACGGUCACUUCAACAUGUUCAAGGGCAAGUUCUACUGCUACGUCCCAGGGAUCUACUACUUCAACCUCAACAUCCACACAUGGAACUUUAAGGAGACCUACCUUCACAUCAUGAAGAACGACCAAGACAUGGUCAUCUGCUACGCCCAGCCCAGUGACCGUAGCAUCAUGCAGAGCCAGAGUAUUAUGCUCGAGCUGCAACAGAAUGAUGAAGUCUGGGUCCGUCUCUACAAGCGUGAGCGGGAAAAUGCGGUCUACAGCGACGACGUUGACAUUUACGUGACCUUCAACGGUUAUUUGAUAAAGCCCAACCUGGACUGAGAACUCUCUCGCUUUUCCACCCCCCUUUUACGGGAAGCAUCUUCCGUUGGAGAAGGGCCAUUUGGCUUUACGUGCGACCUCACCUAAUGUUUAACAACACCUCUUCACUCACUUACCUGAAACCAUCCAUGGUGCUUUCUUCGUUCACUUCAAGGAAGCCACAUUGGUGACAACAUAUGUAUCUACCUACUUUGUUAAAGCAAAGGUAAAAAGACCAAAAAUAAAGUAUAGGCCCUUAACUCUGAUCUAUAUAAAGGAUAAAGCACAAAAAGCUAAUGCUUUCAGGUUUUAAUAUCCUUGUGACAAGAAUGUCCCAGGACCAAGAUCAAGUGUAAUCUUUGGGUGGGUUUAUGCUUGAACGAGCAAGGUGCACAGACUUAAUACAGCCACCAUUUUACAAUUGUAAAUACUUCUAUUGAGUAAAGAGUUACUAUUCAUUCAGGAUGUCCCUAAGAGCUUUCCAGCCAGUUAAUUACAUUAUGAACUCUGGCCACCAUUUAAAUAAACUUCAAUUUCUUGCAAUAGAAAAAAACCAAGGCAAUUUGAAGUGUUUUCAGGGGUGGUGGUGGGGGCAGAUACGACAGAGGCGCUUAAGAAGUCGUUAGAUGGACACAUGACUAUGCAGAGAAUGGACGGAUAUGGACCAUGUGCGGGCAGUAGGGAUGUGUGUGAUUAGGAUCUUUAGUUGAAUUAGUUUGGCACAACACUAGGGCUGAAGAUCCUGUGCUAUACUGUCCUAUGUUCUCAGUUCUAAGUAAAACAAAAAAUUGUUUUGUAAGGCCAUUCUUUGUGGACCCACAGGCCACUUACAGGAGUUAGGUCCCAACCAUAGAAGAUCACUGCUUAAAUUAGAACAGAAAACACUGGAAACACUCAGCAGA